UCUUGUUUACAUCCGUCUGUCAAAACAGAAACAGACAUACUUUUGAUUCAACAGCAUCUGCAAUAUUUUUAAAGCGAAGAAGUGAUGGCAUUUGUCGUUUUCUUCCCAGUGUGGGUAAUACUGCUUGGUGCAUCAUGCAUCGAUGCAGACAAGGUGUCAUUGUUUGUGAAUGAGGGAGAUUUAGUCACUCUACACACUGAUGUUAAAACAAACCAGCAUGAAAAGAUUAAAUGGUUUUUUGAUGACACUCGGAUCGCUCAAAUCAGUGGAGAUCUCAGUAAGAUCUGUACAGAUGUUGGGUGUAAUGAAGGGACUGAGAGAUUCAGAGACAGACUGAAGCUGGAUCAUCAGACUGGAUCUCUGACCAUCAGAGACAUCACAAACACUGACUCUGGAGAAUAUAAACUGCAGAUCAUCAGCAGUAGCAGCAUGAGUGAAAAGAUAUUUAGUUUCACUGUCCGUGAUGUUCCUGAUGCCGAGACGGAUAAAAUGAAGACCAAGUCAGUGAAGGAGGGAGAUUCUGUCACUUUAGAUUCCGGUGUAAUAAAAAACCCAAAGGAUUUGAUUAUGUGGUAUUAUAAUGACACUCAUAUAUCUGAAAUCGCUAGAGAUCCCAGUAAGAUCUGUACAGGCGAUGAGUGUGAAGAUGCUGACGGGAGAUUCAGAGACAGACUGAAACUGGACGAUCAGACUGGAUCUCUGACCAUCACAGACACCAGAACCACUGACUCUGGAGAUUAUCAUCUUGAGAUCAUCACCAACAGCAGCAGCAUUCGCCGCCAGUACAGCAUUGACAUUAUCAGUGAAAAGAGCUUAAGUGGAACUGGCUCUAAUGGGAUUGUGUUUUUUCUUGCUAUGGCAGGAGCAUGUGUUGGUGUUCUGCUGGUGGUUGCAGGUGUAACAGGACAGUGUCGCAGAAAGCUUGCCAGUGUAAAGAGUUUCUUCUAUCCAUCGACAAAUCAAACAGCUGUCCUGUAACUGCUUAUAAAUCAUCUUAUAAUCUACAGUGAAAAGCCAUAAAGUGACAUUUCCAAUAUUCCUUGUGACACUUCACUAUAUAUCCAGCAUAUUCCUACAUAUUAGCUAUGUACAUGUUUUAUGUUACAUCUUAUGUUGUUAAAUUAAUGUUUUACUGCAUAAUAGUGUCGUGUGUGUUCCCAUGAUGGUGAUUUCUGUUUGUGUAUGUAUAGCACUGUGCACUUUAUGUAUUUGCCUUAGGUUGUGGAAAAGCUAACCGUGAUGAACUGGUGGAUGGUGGAUGUCAGUAUUUGUUAAAAAUAUCAAAUGGAUGUUAAUAACAGCAUGUCCUUGUUAAUUAAGCUUCUGGAGGGAUCAUUUUAUUAUUAUUAUUAUUAUUUAAAAUCUAAGUUAAAAUAUACCGUCACACUUUAUUUUAGGGUCCAAUUCACACUAUUAACUAACCAUUAACUAUAACUUUUGCCUCAAUUA